CAAGCGAGGUUCGUCGGAAAACAGUUGGGAGAAAAAAACGGGUUUGGUAGCUGUUAAAGUAGGUUCGCGACAGCAUUAGUUUCGGUUAUUGUGUACAAUUUUUGAUUUUGAGGAUGUAUUAGAACAGCUUUGGUAGGAAUGAUAGACUAAUGUAAAUCUGUGUUGUUCCCUUGGAUUUUAUUUGUACUUUUUAAUGUAAAUUUUCAACCAUAUUUUUAAUUUUUGUCGGCUGCUAAGUAACCUGUUCAUCGAAACACAGCUCAGUGUAGAUGCGGCUCGAGCGCAUGGAAUCGGCAGCACGUCCCGGUUGGACGAUGAACGAGAUGAAGGCGGAGCCUCUGGACUUUGUGCGAGACUUUCAGGAGUAUCUCACUCAGCAGACGCAUCACGUGAACGCGCUGUCGUCGUCUGUGAACGGGGAGAAAAGUGGCGAAGAUCUGCAGACAGGUGUGUGUGAGGCAGAACACGGUGAGAUGGAUCACCUGGCGUCUGUCGAGGUGCGUCUGGACACGGACAGAUUUGAGAGGACGCGAGACGGAAAGUUCCGGUGUCGUUACUGCAGUUACGCCAGCAAGGGGCAGGCCAGACUGAUCGAGCACAUGCGCACACACACAGGAGAGAAGCCUCACCGUUGUCAGCUCUGUCCGUUCUCCUCGGCGUACGAGCGACAGUUGGAGACACACAUGCGCUCUCACACGGGCGAGAAGCCGUAUAAGUGCGAGCUCUGUCCGUUCCGCUGUAACGACCGGAGUAACCUGUCUCACCAUCGCCGCCGCCGACACAAACUCCGCCGCCUGACCAACGUGACCUCCACGCAGACCAAACCCGAACCUCUGUUCAUCGCCGAGGACAAACCCCUCCCUCUUUCUCAGCUGGCAGCCAAUCAGGAGCAAGACUGCAGCGACGACUUGCCUCCCAGUUCGCCCCAACAGUCUGCGGAUGGCUACGAAAGGGAGGUCAAAGAUCAUGCUCUGACUCCGCCCUCUCAGGAGCCUAACACGGACACGAUCCUGAGUCCGGAAUCUUCCCCAGUGCGGAUCAACGCUCAGACGCUGUUCUUCUGCCCGCAUUGCCAGACGUACUUCGGGGAUAACGUGCUCUACACCGUGCAUAUGGGUUGCCAUGGUUACGACCAGCCGUUUCAGUGUAACGUCUGCGGCGUGCACUGCAGCGACAAGUAUGACUUCGCCUGUCACUUCGCCCAGGGACAGCACCGCAAGUGACACACGCACACACUAGUAUUUAUGCUUUUUUUCUUUUAUAUAUAUACACAGACCCGCCCACUUUCUCUUCCAUGGUCUUCAGGCCACGCCCCCUCUCAGAGCUGGUCUCAUUUAUGUAUACAUGUAGCCAUUUCAUUUUCAUACCCACAAUGCAAUAUAAGGGCCUACGUGUACGCGCCACCUCGAUCAUUUCCAGCUAGUAUGUCAUUUCAGUUACAUGGCUGCAUCAUUUUCGAUGGCAUUUUAUGACACGCCCAUUUAGAGCCACUCUGAUUUGGAAUUUAAAGAACACACCCACUUUUCCUUUUAUGGUCGGUAUGUCAUUUGACGAACACGCCCACAUUAUUUCUUUUUAAAACCCCAACAGUCAGUAUCAUUUCCAUAUUCAGUAUCUCAUUUAAAGGAAACACCCACUUUUCCUUUUCUAUGACAUCCAAGCAACCAUGUUCUUAAAGCUCACUCAGAGACGUGGUUCUCAAGCCACGCCCAUGAAGAGCUGAUCUCAUUUUCAUAUGCAGUUUGUCAUUUAAAGGGAACACCCAAUUUCUGUUCUAUGUCCUUCAAGCCAUCAAGCCACGCCCACUCCGAGCCACUCUCCUUGCCAUAUAUGGCAUCUACUUUAAAGGACAUACCCACUUUUCCUCUUCUAUGCCGUUCAAUCAACUAUGUUCUUAAAGCCACGCCCACUCUGAGAUGUUCUGAUAUCUAUAACGCCACAACUGUAUUUGCGUCUGUGGUUUUCAAGCCACGCCCACUUAGAUCCACUCUCAUUGCCGUAUACAAUAUGUAAUUUAAAGACCACACCCACUCUCUUCCACGUUCUUAAAGCCACACCCACUCAGAGCCAUUCCAAUAUUUAUAUAUAUUUAUAUAGUAUGUAAUAGCACCGCAUUCUCUUCUAAUAUCAAGCCACGCCCACUCAGUCAGUGUCAUUACCUUGUACAGUGUGCAAUUUUAAUGACACGCUCACGUUCUUUUCUAUGGUCUGAAAGCCACGCCUACUUAUAGCUGCUCUAAUCUGAAGCACACGCCCACUUUCUGUUCUAUGUCAUUCAGGUACACACAGCAGAACGUACAUAGAACUGUUUUUUUCCCCGACCAGUUUUGUAUGAUCCCAGUACAAGCCCCGCCCAUUUAGAACUGCUCUCCUUACAUAUACAGAAUAUAAUUAAACGGCCACGCCCAUUUUUCCUUGAGGACCGCCAUUGAAAUCGUUACUAUUUAUGGCCUUCAAGCCACAAUAUACCGCCACCUUCCUUAACUUUCUAAACUAAAAGUAUUUAGUGUUUAUAUUAAUGUGUGUCUGAACUGUUGGCAGAUUUCUAAUAAAAACAUACUUCAAUUAGAUGUUAAUAAA